CUCUUGCAGCUAUUCCUUCCGCUUUCAUUUUGUUUCAUCAGGUCUUGGUUAUUAUGCCAAUUGGCAGCCAUUUCCUCCACUUUGGGGCUCAGUGUGGCUUUGCUGUUGCUGCUUUCUCUGCUGAAUGAGGCUCUGUCCAGGACUUCUCAGCUUUUGCAAACUCACUUCAGGGCAGCUUACAGCAGUUAAAACUGAGCCAAAAUGGGCCACAUACAAAGAUUAAAAAUGCAGUUAAACAACCCAAACAUGAAAACCAUGGCUACUAGUCAGGAUGGCUGUGGUUGCCUCCCAGCCUUUUUGUGCCUCUGGUUAUCAAUUGCUGCCAUUUUGGUGCUCUUGGCUUUAGGGCAGCCAUGUGUUGCUGAAGACAACCCUACGAAAUCCAUGGGAUCUUUGUAAGUAAGACAGGAGACUUGAAGGCUCUCUCACAAACACAAUGGGACGAAGCAGUGGCUAUUAGAGGCCUUCAGAAGGCAAGGAAGCAGAGCCUGGCUGCAUGUAAGGGUGUCCCUGCCAGUGUCUCCGUCUUUGUUUGUGUUUGCAGGGGCCUCUUUCUGGCUGAGGCCAAAGGAAAGGGCUCUUGACCCCUCCUGGUUGGAGCCGGAGCUGUUCCCAGUGCUGCUGCCACCGGGGCCCUCGCUGCAAAAUGCCUUGCAGAUGCUUCCCUUGGGGAUCCCUGCGUCCGCCUUCCCUUGACCCCCUCCCUCCCUUGUAUGGGGCGGAGGCUUUGGGGAAGACAAUGGGGGAAUCCUCCCUGGCUUGGCAGGCUGUCCCACAAGCAGCAGGCUUAGGCAUCAUCAUCACCAUCAUCAUCAUCGCGUUUCUUUUGUUGCUCUGAGGCCGGGUUUUGACUUGUUUUGAGUGCAGGAGAGUCCGCCUCCCCAGCAGUCGGCCAGGAAGAUGCUUGGCUCCCUUUCCUUUUCACAGCUGUUUUCGUUCUUGGAAAGUCCUCCUGGCUCCUAGUCUGCCUCUCCCCCACUGACCCCAGUUUGUGGCUUAUGGUUCCCGGAGCCUCUGACGGACAGAGGCUGGAGGCCAGAGCCACCCUUAAACGCUGAGGAAAGAUGCUGGAGGACAGAGGCGUCUCGGGUGGCAAAGAGAAGGACCUACUGCUGCAAAGCCUUCAGUUUCUCUGGGCAGCGAAAAACAUAGAGAAGCUGAAGGAGGAGAUGCAGGUGGGCUUUGCCACCCUCGAAGACCCCUUGGCCUGGCUGCUGGGUGCACUGGAUGGCCUGGAGGGCUGGAAGGGGAAGGGGCAGAGCUUGCCGGCCCUCCUUGUCCAUGGGCUGCAGCUGUGGCUCAGGAGCCAUCCGGACGGCCAGCCGUCUGGUUUGAAGUUAAAGAAGCUCCAGGCCCAGGUUUUUCCCAUCCUGGUCCAGUGCCACGGAAACCUGCUGAACCCCCUGAUUGGCAUCUACCAGCUCCACUCUGCAGACCGCAACCACCUGCUGGGCCACAUCAGCCACGUCUACCUCAAGGGCAAGUUCAAAGAGGCUGCCAUUUUAAGCAUAAAACUGAAGCUGCAGCCGGAGCUGGAGCUGGAGAAGAUGUGUGUCCCGCUGCUGCUCCAGGAAAAGAUGGACCUGGUGGAAGCUUACGUGGAGAACUACCCAGACCUCCAGCAGCGGCUCCUGCGGCUCUUGGACGGCUGGUUUGCCCCUGGCUUCCAGAUCAAAGAGGUCACCAGGAAGUAUCAUGGUCUGUCCGGCGUGAGGCCAGAGAAGGUCAACCACCGGCUGCUGAACAGGAUGGUUUUCCGGUUCCUGGACAAAUACCAGCUGGACCCAGCUCUUUGCCCCAAUGUGGUCAACCAGCGACACCUGGGCACCCUCAGGUACCUGCUCCACAAGAGGUUUGUUGAGAAAACCAUGACGCAAGAAAACUGGGCUGACCAUGUCCAAAGCACUGUCCAGGAGAACCAGUGGCUCCAGGAGCAGCUGGUCCACCUGCUGGUCCGCUAUGGGGGUCCAGAGACUUCUGCCCGGUGGGCUCUCCAUUAUGGCCUCCCCAAGGACAGCCUGCCCUGUGGGGUGCCAGAGGAGAUGGAGAAGCUCAGGACCCAGGAGAGGGAAGAUGGUCCAGGGCAGACGAGGGGUGAUGGAGAUGCCAGGAGGAGGAGGAGUUGUUACCGUCUGCCCAUCCCCAGGGACCAGAUCCUCUUGUUAACGACGUGGGAAGAGGUGCAGAAACACACAGCAGGCCUACUGCAGUCCGGCCAGGUCAUCGGGGUGGACAUGGAGUGGCGGCCCUCCUUCGGCCACUUGGGAGCCAAGACCCGCGUCUCCCUGGUCCAGCUGGCCAUCCAGGGCCACAUCUUCCUCUUGGACAUGCAGCAGCUUCUCCAGCCAGGAGGAAGGGAGAAGGAGGAAGAGAAAGGCCUUGCCCGCUUCUUCCAGGCCCUCUUCACAGAUCCAGCCAUCACAAAGCUGGGUUACGGGAUGUCGGGAGACUUGCAUAACUUGGCAGCCACCUGCACAGCUUUCCGAAGCACAGGGACACAGUUCUGCGGGAUCCUGGACCUGCUGGCUGUCCAUGAACAAAUCCGGAAGCUCCCCAAAGGCCCCUCUGGCAAUCUGCGGAAGGACAGCCAUCAGGUGGACAGUGCCCAGGCAGAGGUCAAGGCCCAGAGGCUGCGUCCGGCUGAGCGGGGUCUCAGCCUGAUGGUGCAAGAGGUCCUGGGGCGGCCGCUGGACAAGACAGAGCAGAUCUCCAACUGGGAAAAGCGGCCCCUCCGCGAAGAGCAGAUUCUUUACGCAGCGUCAGAUGCCUACUGCUUGCUAGACGUUUACGCAAAACUGUUGGACGAUCCAGCAGCCUUCGGACUGAGCUACGAGAUCCUAGUGAGGCCAAAGAGGAAGGAAAACCCCAAGGACGAGGAGAAGCCGGACAGUCAGCCAGCAGCAACAGCAACAGAGUCUCCUCAGGAGGAGCAGAAUUUGGCCCCAAGCCCCAACAGGCCCCUGACCAGCCCUCCGGCGGCCAUCUCAGUUCGGGAUUUCCGCGUGGUCUGCGACAACAUGCUCCAGGGCCUGGGACGGUACCUGCGCUGCCUCGGGGCAGACGUCCAGAUCUUGGAAAAUGCUGAUGACCACCGGAAGGCUGCCGAGAUUGCCAGGCAAGAGGGACGCGUCAUCUUAACCUCCGGGCUUCCGUACCAGACGCUGAAGUCCCAGGUGGGUGAAGGACGGUGUUUCCAGGUGAAUUGCUCAGAGAAGGCCAAGGAUCAGGCCCUCCGGGUGCUGGAGCACUUCCAGGUCCAGGUGGCUGUGAGCGACGUCUUCAGCCGCUGCCAGGCUUGCAACUGCAACAGAUACCUGAAGGUCUCCAAAGAGACGAUGGCGCGCCUGAUGAAAGCAAGAGGCCACUGGGCAGGCGAAGGGUCCGCCGCGGAUGGCAGCGUUGCCACUGAGGCUGCAACAGGUGGAUCUGUGGAUGAUCCCAGCCCAUGCCUGGAUGAAGCCAGCCUCGAACUCGCCUCCCGGCUGCCCGCUUGCAGCCCCCCAGCCGGCCAGUGGCUGGAGGAGUCUGGCCUGGACCCGGAGUUGGCCCUGCUGCCCAGCGGACGUCCACUGCAGACCAAGGGCAUCCCGGCCGGGGUUUUGUCCAAGGAGGACCUGACCUGCUUCUACUGCUGCAGCGACUGUGGAAAGGUCUUCUGGGAAGGGUCCCACUUUGGGCGGCUGGUCUCCCAGUUCAAGGAGGUGCUGGACGCCCCAGAAGGCGGCCGCAGCAUCUACGGCCAGCAGGUCUGACCCGGGGGGGGGCAAGAGGGGCAGGAGGACCCCGGUGGGCGGCAGGGGGCUCUUGGCUAAGAUUAUUUUCACUCUGAAGUACCUGAACUUGGGAACCGUUUACAGCAAACGUGGGUUAUAUAGUCUGCAAAUAUAAACUGAACCAGAGAUUGAGUUACCAGGUAAUUUGUUUGCCUGGAAUGAGUCCCUUGGGUUACUUUUCUCCAUAAUUUAAAGAAAGCAUUUCUUUUUAAACAUAAUGCACUGAGUGCAAAUCCCGUCCCUUGCAUUUCUAGUUCCUUCUCCAAGUUAGGUUAGGAAGACAUUCAUUUGCAGAGGCAACGGGGCAGGCAUUUGCCAUGUUUUCUUCCAGGAUCAUUCCUGCUGAACCCAAAGCGAUAGCCAGCUUCUUGUAAAUCUUGUUAAGGGGUUGACAACAACACAUGAAUUUUGUAAGCCCCCAACUGAAGGAUAGGAAUAAAUUGCUUUGAAAGGUUAA